UGUAGGAAGGGCCAAAGGCCGGAGGUGGCGAAGGGGCGAUAGUUACGCCCUGUGUGUGUGGAGCGGGUGGAAGGACUUGUGCGGCGUGUGAAUCUCCGGAAUGGGAUCCGGCUGAAGACGCAGGAGAGAAAAGCCUCCCAGAUGGUGCCACAGCGAUCACACAAGGCUAAGGAUAUACAAGAGUACUUUUGGAGAGGCGAUUUAUGUCAUUUCAAGACUCUUUCAAAAGAUUUUUCCGUGUGGGAGUUUUUUGGACAUCGCUUUGUAUUGGAUAAGGAGUCCACUUGCUGCUCUUCUUGUAGACCAGGAGAAAGUCCAUUGUUUGUGAAUAUUCAGAUACUGGAAAAUAAGUAUUCAUCAUGGCUGACUUGUCACCUGAAGAAAUUCAACUGAGGGCCAAUCAGGUUACAGAUGAAUCUUUGGAAAGCACAAGGAGGAUUCUUGGCUUAGCUAUUGAGUCCCAAGAUGCAGGAAUUAAAACCAUCACCAUGCUGGAUGAACAAGGGGAGCAACUAGACCGUAUAGAAGAAGGCAUGGACCAGAUAAAUAGAGACAUGAGAGAAGCCGAGAAGAACUUGACCGAGCUGAACAAGUGUUGUGGCCUUUGUGUCUGUCCUUGGAAUAGAACAAGGAACUUUGAGUCUAAUAAGAAUUAUAAGACAACUUGGGGAGAUAGUGGUGAAAAUGAAGAUCAUGUGGUAUCUAAACAGCCAGCACGUGUAGCAAAUUGUCAGCAGCAGACGUCAGGAGGACCAACUGGAGGUUAUAUUGCACGGGUGACAAAUGAUGCCAGAGAGGAUGAAAUGGAUGAAAACCUGACUCAAGUGGGAAACAUCUUGGGGAAUCUGAAACAUAUGGCCAUGGAUAUGGGCAAUGAGAUUGAUUCACAAAACAGACAGAUAGACCGGAUAAAUGAGAAGGCUGAAACCAACAAAGACCGUAUUGAGAUAGCCAAUGUAAAAGCUGAAAAACUCAUUAACAACUAGAAGCCUGAUGCCAAUUCUUUAUCCAGCUGAAGUGCCCAUUUCAGUCCACAAAACCUACCCAGUUUCCAAAGAAGAGGGGUAGCCGGAUUCCAAAGCAGAAAUGGAGCAGGAACUUCACCUUCAGCCUUUUCUGACUGCAUGUGUACAGACUUGGCUUGAGAAUCUGAGAAAGCAGCACAGUAGAAACUCAUCUUUCUUGCCCUUUUUGUAUAUUCUCAGGGCUUCAUUGUCUGAGUCUUUCCAUGGUCUCUUCUCCUUCCAUUUCCUCCCCCCCCUUAAUAGUUGAAUAGUAUCCCCUGCGCAAAAAGCUGAAGAUAAUGUGCUUCACAGGAUUUAAUUACCUCACUUAAUGGUGCAUGUCAUAGCUGAAAUGGUGAAUUGGUGACUUUUAUGAACUUUGCCUUAAAUUAAUCAAGUUUCCCAUAGUUUUAGAUGCCACUUCAUUUUGUUAUCAUGUCUUACAUGAUAGGGAGGGAUGGAGGAAACUUGUACUAGUGGGAACAAAUGGUUUAAUGGUUGUUUCUUUGGCUAAUGGUAUUUUGGAAGACAAAAUUGUUGAUUUGAAAGAUGCAAGUCUCCCUUGGAUGGUGAAGGUAUAACUGAUCAAAUUAUGCUAUAUUUUUGGUUACAUUUGUAUGGUUUGUAAAUAUGACAUACUUGGAUCAUUAGGUUUUAUUUCCUGUUUCCACACUGGGUGAUGGUUUUUGGCAUUUGCACCAAUCUAAAACUCCUUUGCUUUUUCCAGAGCAGUUUUACAGUUCCUUGAGAUAUUAAGUGGACAUACAGCACUUGUGCUUAUAUCCCUCUGAGCCCAUCAGUAAGCACCUUUGGGAGAUCACAAGCAGAGCACUUCGAAGGACAGACCCUGAUGCAAUGUGUGACUCACCCUGAACUGAUCUCCAUAGAAGCGUUGUUGUAUCUUCUCAAAAAUCAAGUUUAGUAAAACUUUUCAAAGUUUAAAGCUGAAAGAAAGCUAUUUUGGAAUUACUGUUUACUAAAGAAAAGUCCCUUCCCUUCAGUUUACACCUUCUAGAUCUAGUUGAGCAUGUGAAACCAACUUCUGGAGAACACUGUCUUGGUAUCUUAUUUAAAAUCUUUUGUGUAGUUUCUAGGAACACCUCAGAUGCAGAUCACAGCCCAUGGUCUAAUGCAUGUUAAAACUCUGCUCAUUAGUGAGUUAGCAUCUACUGUUGCUUGGGUAGAGUCUGUGCUGUAAAUUAUCCUGGGUACUCACCCAGUGAUGGGUCUGUGUAUGUGAGUAAGAUUUUCUUUAGGAAACUGGCAUACUAUAGAGUACAGUUAUCUCAUUACCUUCUAGCUUGAACUGUUUGACUUUUUAACGGCAGUGCGGAAAUUUAAUUUUGUAGCUGAUGCUGUUUGCAUGAGACUGGAACUAGUCAUAUAUAUCACACAUUCAGGCUCAAUUUCACUCAGACAUGUGCAAGCUGUUACCCAUCAAGCAUUAACAUAGUCUGUCAGCUGUAUGUCACCUGCUUGGCACUCAGCUAUCUGUUUUUGCUGUCUCAGGCAGGAAGAUGGCCAUCUAUGGCUCAUGGUAGACUAUGCUGAGUUUCAGUUACAAAUUGCAUAGUUCUGCUAUAGUGAAUUCUAGGCACGUGAACCAUUUCAGAUGUCUGAUCUAGUGUUCUAGUUCUACAUGAGAGUGAUGAUCUGGUGGAAGGAAUUCUUUAGUUUUUAUAAAGUCUUAAAUUCUCAGGCUUGUCUAAAAAAGCUUUAGUUCUUGUAAUUAGGAGUUUAGCAAACAUUCUUCUCCCUUACGAAAGAAGUUAGCUUUGUUUUUUCUCUACAGUGAAAAAAAUAUUGCACAAGAGAACCGUGAACUGAUCAUACAGACUAAAAGCUACUGAAGAAUUUACACCAGUGGGAAUGGGUCGCUAGUUCUUCUCCCAUAACAGAUUUCCAUCUUCCUGCAUGCUGUUCCUGAGGGCCAUUUCACGGGCCAUUAGACUACAUACAGUAAGGGGAGAAGUCACAUUCUACAGAUGAAAAAUUUGUCCAUAUAGAUGUUAAAAACAGUUUUGCAUGCAGUACUCUCAUUUUUCUUUAAUUGACACAGUACUAUCCUGUUUGUUUGCCUUCAACAGAGCCAUAAUGUCUCUGUAAUCACAAAGCUCAGUCUUGGGUGUAAACUGUCAAAGGAGAGAAGGUCUGCUUAUCUGCGUAGGUAGCAGCUUUAUACCUUAUAUUUAAUUUUAGUGUUUACCACAUCGUGUGUUAUCUCUGACUUUCCUCAAAUUGGAAAUGUUUUAAAGAUAACUCUGCUGGAAAUAGAAGAACAAAUCUUACCAGUAUGUUCUAGAAACUGGAAGAGAACUCCCCUCUGAAGCUAAAUUAUAUCUGUUGCUGUUGGCUUAAUACUUAAUGUGAAAUUGGAGCUACAGCCACUUAGACUCUUAAGUAAAAUGUUGCUAUGUUGCGCACAUUCCCUCGCAAAUUCUUUGGAAGCCAUGUACAGUUUGCAUGUCAGUGUGACAAAGCACUUCAGGACAGAUGGUAUAAUCUGCUUUUAUAUGUGAUUGAUAAAAAUAUCUGGAUUUAUGAAGAAUGCAAAUGAGUGAACUGUACUAUGAAACUGCUGGACUUGCUAGGUUGCCUAGCUGAGCUGUGAUGCAAUAAAAUGCCUCAGGUUUUCUUAAACUAGUGAAGACUGAAUAAACAUUUAUGUACACCAGAUUUUUAUUUUACAAAAGCA